UUACCUUUUGCUGUGGUGGGAAGUAUGGAUGAAGUAAAAGUUGGGAAAAGGAUGGUCAGAGGCCGUCACUACCCUUGGGGAAUUUUGCAAGUGGAAAAUGAAAAUCACUCUGACUUUGUUAAACUCCGGAAUAUGCUUCUUUAUACCAAUAUGGAAAACCUGAAAGAACAAACUCACAGUCAGCAAUAUGAACGUUAUCGAUGCUGCAAACUUCAGAAAAUGGGCUUUACAGAUGUGGGCCCAGACAACCAGCCAGUUAGUUUUCAAGAGAUCUAUGAAGCCAAAAGACAAGAGUUCUAUGAUCAAUGUCAAAGGGAAGAAGAAGAGUUGAAACAGAGAUUUAUGCAGAGAGUAAAGGAGAAAGAAACAACAUUUAAAGAAGCUGAAAAAGAGCUACAGGACAAGUUUGAGCAUCUUAAAAGGGUUCAACAAGAGGAAACAAUGAAACUUGAAGAAGAGAGAAGACAAUUGGAAGAAGAAAUAAUAGAUUUUAAUAAAAUGAAGGCUGCCUCUGAAUCAUCACAGAUUCAGAUGUGCACCAAUAUAAAGAAGGACAAAGAUCGUAAGAAAUAGUCCUCUUUUAUGAUCCUGUUGUAGAGCCCCAUCAUUCUCUAUCCCAUCUUCCUGUGAGGUGUCUUCAUAGCAUUGAACUCUGUAGUUCUGAUUUUUAAAAAUUUUUUUGCUCAUUGUAUAUGUAUUUUUUCCCAAGUAGAGUGUGAACUCCUUGACAG